AUGACUUCAUCCGGAUCUUCAAAGGACCUCGUCAAAGGCCUCACGGCCUAUCUCCAGUCACCCAGUCUGCCGUUGCCCUCAGAAGUCAAUGCUAUCAUCACCAGCUACCUCGAUAAACAUGAGAAGUCUGAAGAGACCUCGGGAGACAAGCUGAACGAUGAACUGGCCACUAUCUGGGAAAAGAUAGUGCGGGAUCGUCCGGAGCGAUAUGCUGCUUUUCUUGUCAUUUUACGAGAGCUGCGUCCAGUCCUUCGAACACCCUCUCGCAUAUUCAAAUGGUGGGACAAGCUUCUGGAUCCGGUUCUCGAGCAUGUGGCCUCAGAAAGAGGACUGGCCCGAGAGGUACUCGAACAUACCCUUGAUUUGCUCUCGACGGACGAGCACGAUGACCCCGAGGCAUGGAGUUCGGGCCAGAUGCUCCCGCUGGUUAGUCGCCUGCUGGCUCGCUGGCUGGAGAUUGUUCAGUCUGAAUCCAGCUUUGGUCCAGCAGCCGAACUCAAAGAGAGGAUGAUCAAGGAUGCUCUGGUGGCUUUUGGCAAGCGAGACCCCAAGGGCUUCAUGACAGUCUUGAACGACUUCGUGCUCAGAAAAGAUGAUCGCAAUGCGACGCUGAGUCUCUUAAUACAUUUCGUCUCGUGCGGGCCACCACAUCUGCAUCAAAUUCUACAAACACCUCUCUUCCAGAGUAUCCUGCAAUCGCUACAGCGCGAUGAGUCUACCAACACUGUUACGAUUGCUCUUCUUUCGCUCAACAUGAUCAUGCCGUUUAUACCCAGCGCUCUUGUCCAAUAUCUCCCAACACUCUUCAACAUCUACGCAAGGCUUCUGUUCUGGGACAGAGACUCGCUGUUUACACAACAGCAUACCGAGAUGGGCGAGGGAAAAGACGGCCCAUGGGCCACGAUGCCGUGGGAGAAGGUUCUAAUGGACCCAGAUUUUGACGGAAGCACCAUACAUUACCUCAAGAACUAUUUCAGCCUGCUCUAUGGCUUGUACCCGAUCAACUUCCUAGACUACAUCAGGAAGCCUCAAAGGUAUCUCCGACAUGCCAACAAUCCUGAGGAUAUCGAUGUUCAGGCGAUGGAAAUCCGAGACAGGUCAGAGCGGUUCAGAAAGAUGCAUCUUUUGCAUCCCAACUUUUACAAUCUCACCAUCGAAUCAGAAAAGACGGAUUUGAGUCGCUGGAUCAGGAGCGAAGCCGACGAAGUCCUAGCUGACUGUACGGCGUUGCAAAUUGAGCCAGGUCCGUCGCCCGUCAAUAUCCAAACUGAUACAUCACUUCCAGGAGUGCCGGCCUCCGUGCUCAGCGAGGGCCAGGAACUAGACAGCCGGGAGUUUGCCCUCUUGAGUAGCCCGGUUGUCGACUCUUUAUCCCAGUCAAUGGCACUUCCGUCGCUGGUGCUUGAUCGACCUGGCUCGCAAUUAAGUCAUUCGUCACCUUCUGGAUACAAUACACCAGAACCUAGAAGUCGAGGCGGUGGUGAUAGCCCGACAUUGCCACCGCAACUUGCUCCGUCAGCAUCCCACAGUCGUCUUCAGGAUUUGAUACAUUCCAACAAGGUCAUCAAAUCAGGCCUCCACCAGUCUCUCAACAGCGACAGCGUGCCAUCUUUGAUACUGAGCCCGCAGAACAAGCGGGAGAAAAAACGUCUACUUCUGCUCAAUGACCUUCAGUAUGAGAGGUUCAUCAAGCAGCAGCACAUGAUGCACAUGGGAGAGCUGCGCCGGAAACAAGUCAGGGAGGCAGCGACAGAGGCCGAGACUCAGAACCUCGUAAUGGCUAAUCGUAGUUUGAAACAGCGUUUGGACGAGGCGAAGAGGAGCGAAGCCCAGAACAAAAAGGAGUUCGACAACCGUCGCAAUAUGUCCAAGAAGUGGGAAGACUCUCUGUCUAAUAAGCUCAAGGUUCUCCGCGAGGAACAGAAGAAGUGGGUUUUGGAGGAGGCCGAACUCAGACAGCAGCUGGAAAAGGCGCGGGGCGAAAUUGCAAGUCUGCGGCGGAUUGUGGACGAGGCGGAAAAGAAGAGGUUGGAGUCGGAGCAGAACCUAGAGGCCGUUGAUAUCAGCACAGCCAUGAUUGAGAAGCUCAAGGCGGAAAUUUCUCGUCUUUCCGCUACGGAGCACCUGUUCCACGGUAAAGAGGUCAAGAUGCAGCUAGCCGUGCAGGAAGCAGCCGCUGCUGAGGCCAAAGCUGAGCAGCUAUCCAAAGAACUUGCGGCGCGGGAAGAGCAGUUGGAGAAGCAAAGACGUCAUUAUCAGACCGAAAUCGAUGGCCUGAAGUCUGAACUGGGUAAAGCACUCCAAAUCAAGCAACAGACAUCGUCCAAAGAGAUUGUGGCGGCGUACGAAGGUGCUCUGGCAGCAGCACGAGCGAAGAACACUGAUCUCCAAAAACAGUAUGGGGCACUCACGAGAAAAUACACAGUACUUAAGGCGUCACUGCUGGACAUGCAGUGCGAGCAGACGGAACGGAGCGGGAGACCAAUCGCGACGCCGACGUCGGCGGUGGCUGAUGGUAGGCUCGACCAAGGUUCCGGGAGUCCUGCCAUGGGUCGUCUUCGGUCUCCUCGUGUAAUCGCAGAUUCAGAUGGAUUUGAAGGGUCGCAUAACGCCACGCCACCGUUAGAGCCGCUUUCGAGUUCCCUUGGUUCAGUACUUCCCCCUAAUCGCCCAUCGACGCCACCCGGACGACACGAGACGUCAAGAUCAGGCAAGACGAGCCCGCAAAUAGAGCGGUACUUCGGGAGAGGCGGCGUCCAAAAUACGAAGAAGGACAAAAAGGAGAAGAAGGAAGAGAAGCCGGAAAAGGAGAAGAAGAUGGGCACUAUUAGAGGUAUCCGCGGCUUUGUGUAA